GGCUCUUGAAUACGAGUGGUAAACACCGACGAACACUGUAUCUUCGUGUUGUUGAUAAUAAUAAUAUGCUUAUAAUUUGACGAUAAAUUUGAACUACACAGGGUAGAAAUUCCAAAUUUGUAAUGGAGGAGGCAACAGUUGAAAGCCUGGCUGAGGUGUUCAGAUGUUUCAUUUGUAUGGAGAAGCUGCGGGAUGCCCGGCUGUGUCCACACUGCUCAAAACUCUGCUGCUACUCAUGUAUAAGGAGAUGGCUAACAGAACAGAGGCCUCAGUGUCCCCAUUGCAGAGCUCCCCUUCAACUCCAUGAGCUGGUCAACUGUCGCUGGGCCGAGGAGGUGACUCAACAGCUCGACACCCUACAACUCUGCACCCCCCAGGGAAAACAGGACGAGGUUGAUAAAGACAAAUGUGAAUUGCACAAUGAGAAGCUGAGUGUGUACUGCUGGACCUGUCAUAAAUGCAUCUGUCACCAGUGUGCCUUGUGGGGUGGAAUGCAUUCUGGGCACACAUUCAAGCCCCUGGAUGAGAUCUGGGCCCAACAUGCAUCGCAGAUACAAGAAGAACAGCUUGCCUUAAGGAGAAGACUACGAGAAUUAAUCAGCCUUAAUCAAGACAUUGAUCGUAAUGUAGACAGUGUCAGAAGUGCCAAAGAUGACCGGGUGAGAGAGAUCAGGAACACGGUAGAACUUAUGAUCUCAAGACUGGAAACACAACUCAAGAGUAAACUUCUCACUCUCAUGGGUCAAAAGAACUCCCUGAUGCAGGAGACGGAGCUCCUGGAAUCACUCCUACAUGAGGUGGAGCACCAGAUCAACUCCUGCUCUAAGAGUGAGCUGAUAGCCAAGAGUGCUGACGUCCUACAGACCUUCACGCAGGUCCAUCGUAAGCCAAUGGCUUCCUUUGUAACAGCUCCUGUUCCAGCUGAUUUCACAAGUGAACUUGUCCCAGCAUAUGACAGCAGCAGAUUUGUCCUUACAAGCUUCAUAGCACUGCAACACAAAGCUGAUCCUGUUUACAGUCCUCCUCUCAUGGUUGCUGGUCUCAGCUGGAGACUCAAAGUCUAUCCAGAUGGUAAUGGUGUUGUAAGAGGAAACUACCUCUCGGUCUUUCUUGAGCUGUCAUCAGGCUUGCCAGAAACAUCCAAGUACGAAUACAGAGUGGAGAUGAUCCACCAGGCCUCACACGAUAACAGUAGGAACAUCGUACGUGAGUUUGCCUCAGACUUUGAGGUCGGUGAAUGCUGGGGGUACAACAGGUUCUUCAGGCUGGAUCUACUGUCUGGUGAAGGCUAUCUCAAAGACGACACACUGAUUCUACAGUUCCAGGUGCGACCACCCACAUUCUAUCAGAAGUGUCGAGACCAGCAGUGGUACAUCAACCAGCUGGAGACAUCACAGAGGCAGUCAGUACAGCAGAUCAGUGACCUUAAAGAGAGACUUGCCAUAGAAUUAUCAAGAACACAGAGCAGCGCUGAACGAUCAUCGCCCGAUACUGAUCGUGAUGGUGUUCAGGUUAAGUUGUGUUCAGAAGGUCAAGGAGACUCCUGUAGAGAUCAAAUUGAUACACAGGAGAGUGACAACUCAAGCGUGACGGUGUCGUCUCCCUCAUCAUCCGAUGACGAUGAUGAAGAGGAAGAGGAGGAGGAUGAUGAAGACGAGGAUGAUGAUGCUGUUGCUACGGUCAUCGUGGCCGAUGACGGAGAGCACGAUGACCUGGAGGGUGGGCCUCUCAAUGAAGAGAACGACGUCGAUGAAGAGACCAUGUCUGGUGAGAAUGACGUUGAACAUUCCAGAAUAUGGGAUGUUGAAGAAGGUCCCCUAGAUGGGUCCCUCGAUACAUCCCUAAAUGCGGUUACCAUGGAUACAGCUCACUCCUCCUCUCUAACCCAGCCAUCAAGCCAAAUACCACUCGGGUCCGGUAAGGAUACUCCACCCUCACUCUCGCCAUCAUCAUCCUCAUCAUCGUCAUCGUCAUCAUCUAAACAGACUAAUCCAAACACACUCUCAUCCUCCACCGCUGCAGCGACCGCAUCGGCAGCUACAGCUGGAAACGGAGGAGGAGGGGCGUCGGCGACGGGGGCCACACCCCAUUCUCAUAACCAUGCGCACCGUCCACACCAUCACCACCACCACCAUCACCAUCAUCAGCAAGCAUCUCAUCACAAAAGCGAUGGAGCGGCGGCAUCGAUGAUGCAGAAUCUCAGAGAGGAAGACAUCAUGCUGAUGCAGCUUCUUGAGAUGACAAGAGCUGGGGAUAGCAUCCUGGGGUUCAUGCCCAAGCCUCCGUAUCGUUCAAGAGUGCAUGCCAAGUCGAGCAAGGACAAGCGUGAGCGUGAGAAGAGAGGGCGCCCCCUAUCGGCAGACUCUAUCCUACGUCGCAUCCAGACUCGCAUGCUGGACAUGGGUCUGACCACGUUGGACGUCCCGUCGUCGUCUGGGCAGGAGCCGGGCGAGGUAGCGGAGGAUGCGGCAGGGGCUGUGGGAGUCUCCAAGUCCGAUAGUGCACUGGGUUUCCCUUAUUUCUGGAAGCCUAAAACCAAGCCGGUUCCUAGCAUCUCUCUCCAGCUCUCGACAGAAGUCUGCAGUCAGGGGGAGAAGAAGGUAGACAGAGCAGUAGAUGGGGAGCCCACUGGUCAAGCAGAAAUCAGCAGCGAGGACGCAAAUACAGCCUCGGCAUCAUUCAGCAUAGAAGAUGGUCAAUUGGUUGACCUUUCAACCUGCCCAAGUGACCUUCAGUCCGCCUUGGAUGACCUCAGUACGGCUAGACUCAUGGCCAGAAUCAGUGCUCUGAAUAACCAGUUAGAGACAAGGAAUGAUAGAAACUCAACUAAUUCAACACAGCCAGAAAAUGGUAGCGAAUCAAGCGGAGGUAUUGCAGCGGUGAGUAGCAAUGCAGAGCCGUGUCAGAGAGAAGAGGCAUCAUCUAUCACAUUCACCCGCAAGAAGGCCACACCCAGUACAAGGAGUAGUCAUUCUGCUGAAUCGACAGCAGGAAUAAGUACUGACUCCAGCCCAAGAGCAACGGAGGAUAAGCCGACAGAAACUAACAAAUCAACGGCCUGCUAAGAACCCAUUCCAUUCUGUCGUGGUACACCAUCAGAACCAGGGAGCUGUUUCUUCUUGGGCAUCCCAAAGAGUCAUGUGUUAUAAAAUUAAAAUGUGCUUCUAUGGGAUGUCUGCAAACUUGGACUCAUGGCGGCUUGACAAAACUGGCCCCUGAUUCCCAGAUAAGAAUAUACUUUCACUUCCAUACCACAGUCACACCCCCAAACCUACUCCACACCAACUCCGAACUGAGCACUGGGCCCUGUGUCAUAAAACUU